GAACUGUUCUAGUACUGUUAGGAUGUUGCUCCAAAACAAACGCCGGAGAAUCGCAGUGGAACUGGAUUGACUCUCUUGGUCUUCUCCUUCUCUCAAACGCCAAAGGGCCCCGAAAAUCUAGGGUUUUGUUUCCAUCCACUCUUCUCAACCACAAACUGCAGUGAAGCAGAAAACUCUAUUAUUCUGAAGGAAGGUGUUUACCAUAACUCCUUGAGAAAAAAAGAAGGAAUUAAUAUCCAUCUGAAGGAAUUAAAAGACAUGCAGUCAAAAUCUCAAAGUGCCAAUCCAUUGGAGCCAGACCCACGUGUCAUUCAACCAUGUGCUGUUCAUUCUGAGCCUUGGUGGCGCAGUAUUGGUUUUAAUACCGUGUCUUCAGCUGUGCCAGCGGGGAACACAUCCAAUUUGUCUUCACCUGAUGGCCCAAAUGGUUCACUGUCAAAUGAUGAUCAGUCACUGUCAAAUGGAGGAGUGAAUGAGGAUGAUGAUGAUGCUAGCAAAGAAUCACAGGCCACCGCAUCUUCACAAUCAGUUUCAGUUGCAAAUUGUGGACAAGGAAACAAAAGUCUUCACCAUCUUGCUUCAAGUAUGACUACAAUGCAUGAUGAGUGCCUGACACAACCUCCACAGCUUGAACUUGUUGGUCACUCUAUUGCAUGUGCAUCAAAUCCAUACCAGGAUCCAUAUUACAGUGGAAUGAUGGCAGCUUAUGGGCAUCAACCUAUGAGUUAUCCUCAUCUCAUAGGACUGCAUCAUGCAAGAAUGCCUUUACCCCAAGAGGUGGCCCAGGAACCUGUUUAUGUAAAUGCCAAACAAUACCAAGGGAUUCUGAGGAGAAGACAGGCACGGGCAAAAGCGGAGCUUGAGAAGAAGCUGAUAAAAGCUAGAAAGCCAUAUCUUCAUGAGUCUCGCCACCAGCAUGCUAUGAGAAGGGCUAGGGGUACUGGAGGACGUUUUGCGAAGAAAAUUCAUGCAGAUGCUUCCAACAAUACCACAGAAGGAACGAGCAAUGAUCCUGGUCCAGUCCUUUCAUCUCAGUCUGGCUCUGGCAGUUCAUCAAUUUCUGAGCCAUUGCCUUCAGAUUCUGCUGACAGGUGGAUUUUCCCCCAUGGUGAACAAGGGACAAUAGCAUCACAAGUUCUCGUAACUUCUGAAGCUAAAAACCAUGUACAUGGAGGCACCUUCUACCUCAAACACAAUGGCUUACAAACCUUGACACAUCACUCACUUGCAGGGGAAAAGGGGGAGGAGGGAGACUGUUCAGGCCAACAACGGGGGAGCAUUUCCUCAAAUCAGGCCUCACAGAGGCCGCUUUCUAUCCAGUGAACUCCAGUAUGCUAAGUGGACACCAAGAUGGAGGAUUGGAUUCACCCUAGCAGAGACAGCUGAAUCCUCUUAAUUUUUGGUGACCACAUCCCUGGCAAAAUGUUGCCAGGCGGCAAUUCAUUCUUGGCUUGGUUUCAUGUUUACGACUCUAAUGACGAGAGCGAGACGAGGGAUGGGAUGAACAGGUGUUGGCUUCUUUUAAGUCGGCCAAUCCUCUACCAUCUUUUUCCCAUUUUCACUUUUCAUGUGUAUAGUAACAUGUGGAAUAAAUGCGAGUAGAAAUAGUCUGUGUGGAGAGCUUCUAAAUGGGGAAACAGCUCUUUUAAGUUUAGCAUAGGAACUGUGUUUGUCCGACUGACAUGGGUUUAUUUGCGUGCAAUUGGACGGUGGACAUUUUACUGCC